UCCAUUCCUCGAUCCACGAAUUCCUCUCUUGUCUUUUCUAACCUCUCUUCCAGUCUAUUGUCUCUGCCACCCGUCUCCCGUCUCCGUCCCCGUCCGUCUCCGUCUCCCGUUUUCUUCACACCCUUACGCAGUCCAGCGUCUAGAGGGGCCACACCCACCUUUAGCCCUCGCUCGCGCGACGACGACACAAUGGACGACCCCUCCUCCUCGUCGGCUUCGAAGGACAAUGCCGGUCCUGGCUCCAUGCCCACGUCGCAUCAGCAACAGUCUAGCGGUGCCGUUCCACCACAACCGCCCGUAGUCGCCACCGCUGCGUCUAUCGCGAGACCACAUGGUCACGAGCUUCCUUUCGUCACGCCCUCAUCCUACCUUCGCCCGAGACCUUCCUCUGCUGCUGCCCGCAAAAUGCCAGAGAAACCCCCCAGCCCGCUCGACAAGGACCAGAUCGAGGGUCUGAGAGCCAUUCGCGAUUUUCUUAAAGUUCGAACCAGCUACGAUGUCCUGCCGCUCUCCUUCCGCCUCAUCGUGCUCGACAACGAUCUCCUGAUCAAGAAGAGUCUCAACAUUCUCAUCCAGAACGCCAUCGUUUCCGCGCCGUUAUGGGAUUCGCACAAUUCCAGAUUCGCUGGCCUCCUGACCGCGACGGACUAUAUCAAUGUGAUACAAUAUUACUGUCAGUUCCCUGACGAGAUGCACAAGCUGGAACACUUCCGGCUCAGCAGCCUGAGAGAUAUCGAAAAGGCCAUCGGGGCCUCCCCUCUCGAGACGGUGUCCGUCAACCCCAUGAGACCGCUUUACGAGGCUUGCCGCCGCAUGCUCAAGACCCGCGCGCGCCGAAUUCCCCUCGUGGACGUCGACGACGAAACCGGCCGCGAGAUGGUUGUCAGCGUCAUAACGCAGUACAGAAUCCUUAAAUUCAUCGCCGUCAACAACGAACACAAUACAGUCCUGCUCAAGAAGUCUCUCAGGGAGAUCGGCCUGGGCUCCUACAAGAAUCUCGCUACGGCGAAAAUGAACGACUCGGUCCUCAAUGUGGUUGACCUGAUGGUUAAGCAGAACAUCUCUUGCGUGCCCAUCGUGGACGGGCAUAACCGUCUCCUCAACGUCUUCGAGGCCGUCGACAUCAUUCCAUGCAUCAAGGGCGGCAUGUACGAAGAGUUGUCCUCGAGCGUCGGGGAGGCACUGUGCAGGCGUCCCGAUGACUCCCCCGGAAUCUACACUUGCAGUCCUGAGGACCGACUCGACUCGAUAUUCGACACGGUUCGCAAGUCGAGAGUGCAUCGUCUGAUAGUGGUGGACGAUGAUAACCGGCUCGUGGGUGUCAUUUCCCUGUCGGACAUUCUCAAAUAUGUGCUCCUGCACGGAGAAGAGGAUGAUAUUAAGGGCCCCUGAAGGUGGCAUAAAACUGGAAUUGCAUAGAACUAAGAGCGACGGAUCCUCGCUGGAAUGACUUGGGAAACGGUAGACAUGGUAAUGAGCAUGUGCCAGGCGUACGUAGGCGUAACUGGGAGGGAUACCAGACGGUGCGCGUAUCUCGGCAUUUUUUAUUCUAUUCGCUUUAGAGGUUCUGGAGGCUUACGGAGAAGUUGGUUACCUCGAUGCAUUACGAAAUGAUAACAUGCCCAACAUGACCAGCAUGACCGACCCUUGGCCACUGUUAUUCUGCGCAAUGUCUACUCGCUGUAGUGGCCGGACGCUGGAUAAUGUUGAGACGGUGGGCGUCAACAGUGGCCUCGUUCAAGCAGGUAGGCAGGCAGGCAGGCAGACAGACAGACAGUCAGGCAGUCAGACAGUCCCUUGAUGAACGAAUGUGAAGAUUACAAACAUGCCUAGGCACCUAGGUUAGUUCAGGUGAACGCCAUCAUAUUACCGGGCCGGUG